UGAGCUGGAGCCUGCUCUGGCUAACUUGCAGCGAGAAAGAGGUGGGGUACACCCUGGACUGAUUAUCAUCCAGUCACAUGGCACAUAUAGACAAACAAUCAGUCAUUUUUGAAUCCUUGAGACACCACACAUCUCAUUUGAGCAAAUGAAAAGCCACAAUCCUUGAUUUUUAUUCAUAUCAGUUUGUGUCCAUGGGCUGUAUCGUAAAAACACUUUGGAAAUGCUUAGAAAAAUAUUGGUGCAAAUAAUACAACCUGAGGGAGAAAAACGUUAGACCAUUUCAUAUGUAAUAUAUUAUACUAAAAUGUGCCUGUUCGAGGUGCCCAACUACCAAGUGCAGGAAGUGUGUCUUUUUUUUUUUACCUGCUUACCUCGUUUUGAACACAUUCUGACACAUACCUCUGUCCAUGGUGCUGAACUCAUAGUCCCUUUUGUCUGCUGAUUCGUUUGUUCUUUUCACCCAGCUUCUUUUUUGUAAAGCACAUUUUAAAUUCUCGUGACUUUACAUUUGUGCUGGGGUAUUCUUUAUUAUUUUUAACUUAUAUAAGGUAUUACUGUGUUAUUUUAUUAUGCUCAGAAAUGCUUAAAAACAAACCCCUUUUCUAAAUGAAAAGUCAUGCAAAAUUUACGUCUCACUAAUGUUGGUUGUAACAAUCUGCAGUUAUUCUUCUCGCCACACUACGAGUUGUUAUGUUGAAAAAUAUACUCUAGGGGUCAGUAUGCACUUAUGAACAGAAUUUCCUUGAUUUCCCACCCAUUUAUAUUAACACACGUACCAGAUUUUGGCAUUGUGUUGCUGCUGUCGAGACGCUUGAUAACAUGACGGCCGUGUAAAAAGCUGUAUAUAUACGCGGAGAUCAUUACCAUAUUUUUUACAUUUAGACAUUUUUUUCUUAAGAUUUUUAUUACAAUGGAGAACAAAAGAUUGGCGUCUGACAGCUAUGGCCUCGCGUUUCUUUUCCUUUUCUUCCACACCAUCAACGGAGACGUGAGCUACUCUAUCUCAGAGGAGAUGAAACGUGGGUCUGUGAUUGGGAAUAUUGCCAAGGAUUUGGGACUUGAUUUGGGCCAGUUAUCUGCUCGUAAAGCCCGCAUUGAUCCUGAGGAUAACAACAUUCAGCACUGCGGCAUCAACCUCAACACUGGUGAUUUGGUUGUUCAGGAGAGAAUUGACAGAGAAGGGCUUUGUGGCAAAAAGGCUUCAUGUGUUCUUAAACAAGAACUUGUGCUGGAAACCCCAUUAGAGCUACACCGUAUUAAUAUUCGUGUUUUAGAUAUUAACGAUAAUUCACCACAGUUUAAAGAAGAUGCGCUCAAAUUUGAAAUCCGAGAAUCCGCGGUCAGGGGUGCUCAUUUUCUUCUCGGGGAAGCACACGAUGGAGACAUUGGAGAAAAUGCUGUUCAAAGCUACACUUUACAGCAAAAUGAUAAUUUCAAAUUAAAUGUAAACACUAAAGGUAGACGGAAGUACUGUGAACUAGUCUUAGAUAAAGAAUUAGAUAGAGAAGAUAAAAAAGACAUCAUGCUCUCGCUGACGGCAUAUGAUGGCGGCACUCCUCAAAGAUCAGGUACAGUAGUCAUACACGUCACUGUGCUGGAUGCUAAUGAUAAUGUACCAGUGUUUACUCAGACUGUUUAUAAAGCCAGUCUGCCUGAAAACUCUCCUCUUGAUAUCUUGGUGAUCACAGUGAGUGCCAGUGAUGCAGAUGAAGGCUUAAAUAGUGAAAUUACAUAUGCAUUUGACCAUGUUUCUGAUGACAAUAGUAAUGAAUUUACAUUGCACCCAAAAACUGGAGAUGUGAGAGUUGCUGGUGUUGUUGAUUAUGAGAAAGUGACAUCAUAUGAAAUGCAAAUAAGUGCAAAAGAUGGUCUUGGAUUAGUGUCUUAUUCAACAUUAAUCAUUGAUCUUACUGAUGUAAAUGAUAACACUCCUGUUAUACUACUAAAGUCGCUGUCUAAUCCAGUACCAGAGAACCUGUCACCUGAUACUGAGGUGGGCAUAAUUAAUGUGCAGGACAGAGACUCUGAGCAAAAUGGACAGGUCCGCUGCUCCAUUCAACAAAAUGUCCCCUUUAAACUACUUCCUUCUAUUAAAAACUAUUAUUCUCUGGUGACUACUGGACAACUGGACCGUGAACUAGUGUCUGAUUACAACAUUACAAUCAGUGCCACGGAUGAGGGCUCUCCUCCUCUGUCCUCCUCUAAAAUUAUUCACUUCUCCGUAGCAGACAUCAAUGACAACCCACCUGUGUUUGAGGAACAGUCGUACAGUGCAUAUGUGAGUGAAAAUAACAAAGCUGGCUCCACUUUAUGUUCCGUUCGUGCUCGAGACCCCGAUUGGCGACAGAAUGGUACCGUGAUUUAUUCUCUGCUUGCCGCUGAGGUGAACGGUGCCCCGGUGUCCUCCUAUGUAUCUGUUAAUGGAGACACUGGAGUGAUCCAUGCUGUCAGGUCUUUUGAUUAUGAACACUUGAGGAGUUUUAAAAUCCAUGUCAUGGCCAGAGACAACGGUUCUCCUCCACUGAGCAGCAACGUGAGUGUCAGUGUGUUCAUAUCGGAUGUGAAUGACAACUCUCCUCAGAUACUGUACCCCUCCCCAGAGGGCAACUCCUUCAUGACCGAGCUGGUCCCCAAAGCUGCACACGGAGGCUCUGUGGUGUCCAAAGUGAUAGCGGUGGAUGCAGACUCAGGACAGAACGCCUGGCUGUCCUACCAUAUAGUCAAGUCCACUGAUCCGGGACUUUUCACCAUUGGUCUCCACAGUGGAGAGAUCAGGACCCAGCGGGACAUUUCUGAAUCUGACAGCAUGAAACAGAACCUGAUUGUGGCAGUGAAAGAUAACGGACAGCCCCCUCUCUCUGCCACCUGCUCCAUGUAUUUACUUAUUUCUGAUAACUUGGCUGAGGUGCCAGAACUGAAGGACAUUUCUUAUGAUGAGAAGAAUUCCAAACUGACGUCUUAUCUGAUCAUUGCGCUGGUGUCUGUGUCCACCUUCUUUCUGACUUUCAUCAUCAUCGUCUUGGGUGUGAGGUUUUGCCGCAGGAGAAAGCCCAGACUGUUGUUUGAUGGAGCAGUUGCCAUUCCCAGCGCUUAUGUCCCUCCUAAUUACGCAGAUGUUGAUGGCACAGGAACUUUACGCAGCACCUACAACUAUGACGCCUACUUGACAACAGGUUCUAGAACCAGUGACUUUAAGUUUGUGUCUUCUUACAAUGACAACACACUGCCUGCUGACCAGACUCUGAGGAAAAGUCCAACUGACUUUGAUGAGAUGUUUGGAGAUACUCAAGGCUCCCCUGAGGUAUGA